ACAGUCUCCAGAAGUCAAAAGAAAUUUGCAGGGACACUCACUGGGGUCACUCCUCUCCUUCUGGGCUAUGGUGCCACUGAGUCAGCUGAGUGGCCACAUCAACUCCACCUGUGGGACAGACAACUCCACCGGGGACAGUGGCGCCCACCCACCUGCCUACUAUGCCCUGUCCUACUGUACGCUCAUCCUUGCCAUUGUCUUUGGCAAUGGUCUGGUGUGUGUGGCUGUGCUGAGGGAACGGGCCCUACAGACCACCACCAACUACCUGGUAGUGAGCCUGGCUGUGGCAGACUUGCUGGUGGCCACCUUAGUGAUGCCCUGGGUGGUGUACCUGGAGGUGACAGGCGGAGUCUGGAAUUUCAGCCGCCUUUGCUGCGAUGUUUUCGUCACCCUGGACGUCAUGAUGUGUACAGCCAGCAUCCUGAACCUCUGCGCCAUCAGCAUCGACAGGUACACUGCAGUGGUCAUGCCAGUUCACUACCAACAUGGCACGGGACAGAGCUCCUGUCGGCGUGUGGCCCUCAUGAUCACAGCUGUCUGGGUACUGGCCUUUGCUGUGUCUUGCCCUCUCCUCUUUGGCUUUAACACCACAGGAGACCCCAGGGUCUGCUCCAUCUCCAACCCUGAUUUUGUGAUCUACUCUUCAGUGGUGUCCUUCUACCUGCCCUUCGGAGUGACUGUCCUCGUCUAUGCCAGGAUCUAUGUGGUACUGAGACAGAGGAGACAAAAACGGAUUCUCACUCGACAGAACAGCCAGUGCAUCAGUGUCAGGCCCAGCUUCCCUCAACAACCCCUCUCCCCUGGCCGGGCACACAUGGAGCUGAGGCGUUACUAUAGCAUCUGCCAAGAUACUGCCUUUGGGCCGCCGGGCUUCCAAGAGGAAGGAGAGCUGAAAAAGGAAGGGAGCACGCAGCACUCCCUCAGCCCCGCCAUGGGACCCAAGCUCAGCUUAGAGGUUCGAAAACUCAGUAACGGCAGGUUGUCGACAUCCCUGAAGCUGGGGCCCUUGCCACCUCGGGGAGUGCCACUUCGGGAGAAGAAGGCAACGCAGAUGCUGGCCAUUGUGCUUGGGACCUUCAUUGUCUGUUGGCUGCCCUUCUUUUUGACCCACGUUCUCAAUACCCACUGCCCAGCAUGCCACGUGUCUCCAAAGCUUUACAGAGCCACUACGUGGCUGGGUUACGUAAACAGCGCCCUCAACCCUGUGAUCUAUACCACCUUCAACAUUGAGUUCCGCAAAGCCUUCCUCAAGAUCCUGUCUUGUUGAAGGAG